CAACGCUUUAAUAGAGGAAGAUGAUUAGUUUUGAAAAAGUCAAAGUUAUAUUAUUUUUAGCCGUGGCAUUUUUCAGUUUCAGUGUUCAAUUGAACAUUCAACAGUCAAAUCCCCAUAGGCGUGCUUCGGACGAUCCAGUUGUUGGAAUUCCAUAUUUGGGAUGGUUAAGGGGAUCAAUUGCAUUUACCAAAUGGACUAACCGCAGUUUUUAUCAAUUUUUGGGUAUUAAAUAUGCUGAAUCACCAAGUGGUGCAAGACGAUUCAAGCCACCUGUGCCCAUUAAACCGUGGCAUGGAAUUCGCAGUGCUGUUCAAAUGGGUCAAAGUUGUCCUCAAGGGCAUCAUAUUUUAUCAAAUUCAACCAUAGAUAUCGAGGAUUGUUUGAAUCUCAAUAUUUUCACUGUAUCAAUCCCAUCGAGUUCUCACAUUAAAAUUCAGCAUCCGGUUCUGGUUAUGGUUCAUGGAGGAACUUUUAGCUCUGGGAGUAAUGCAGAACUUCCACCCUCAUAUCUGUUGGAACAUGACAUUGUUUUAGUUGUUCCAAACUAUCGACUCAAUGCGUUAGGUUUUUUGUCGACAAAAACAGCCGAGAUCCCAGGCAAUGCCGGUGCUUUGGAUGUUUUGUUUGUUUUAAAGUGGGUUAAACGAAAUAUUAAAUAUUUCGGCGGAAAUCCGAACAAAAUCACAGUUAUGGGCCAAUCAAGCGGUGCAGCAAUGGUAUCAUCGUUGCUUUUAAGUCCAUUAGUCCCUAACCAUCUUUUCCAACAGAUGAUCAUACAUUCAGGUUCGGUCUUUGCACCAUGGACGCAUGCUCUUGACCCAGUUGCUUACGCCAAAGAUAUCGCAUAUAGAGCAAAGGUCCCGAAAAACUCAAGUUUACAAGAGAUCAAUGAUGCUUUCAUGAAGAUGGAUGUUUAUGAUUUGAUUAAGGCGGCCAACCAACAUUUUGUAAUUUCGUUUUAUUAUUUUUCUUUAAAUUCUACAAUUUAUUUCCUAUUUUUAUACUCCAAUUUUAAUUUACAUACAUACACAAACUUCAACUACACUAGAAUAAUGGCCGAAUAAAGGGAUCAAAC